AUGGCGGAACCAAUUUUAAAUACGCUAAUCGAAGCUGUGCAAAAUCUGGUGGAAACCAAGCCUGAAGCAUCACCAAGAGCUCAAAAUGUCACGAAUGUUGAAGACACUAUGAAAAAGUUAUAUCCAAGUACUAGUGGAAGGUCAAGCACUAUGUUUAACCGAAAUACAAACUACACCUCAUCAGCGAAGAGGCGACAUGCCACGGGUAUUAAAUCAAGCGUUUCUUCUAAGAGAGGUACCACAGGACGAGCAACUGGAAAGUCAGUCCUGAAAGACGUUGUUCUACUGCCAAGUUUUAAAGUAGAAAAUGUUCCAAGAGGACAAUUCCGUGAAUACUUAUUCAGUGAAGGCUAUGCAGAGUCAGGAGUGACAAUCUCAGAGGAAAUUGACGAGGAAGGAGUUCAAGUGAUGUUUAACGAGCUUUUUAAGGAUACGUUUGCAAUGUCCACAUGUCCUAAGUUCACAUUUCACAUCUCUAAACAAGGUCCGAUUUAUAUUCGAGCAACCACCAAUUUGUGUGAAGACAUCACUAAAUGGCUCGACAAGAAGAAGUCCGAUGAUGAGGAGUCCGAUUCAGAUGCCAAAGUCCUGAAGCAAUCUGUUUUUGGAGAAGACUCCACAUUGAUCAAGGAGAAAGAGCAGAAAGCAAAAGAUGAUCGAUCAAACACAAAACCUAGUACUUCAUUUCAAAGUACUUCAUCAUUCAGCCAAAACAAAAGUGUAUUUAAUGGUCAUAUUUUACUCAUGUCUAGUACCAAAACAGCAAGUAGUGCAAUAAAAUCUGCCUCUGGAGAAGAGGAAAGAACCAAAACAUCUUCCAAAGUAGAUGAUUCAUAUUUCAUAACAAAAUAUGGACAAGGGAUUGUAUACAAGGUAAAGUGCCCAAAGUGUGGCCAUGAAGUUGACCUACACUCUGCUGGCACAUUCACCAGUAACUCUGGSUGUAUGAGGGUUUAUGCCGAUGAUGAAGAGUUUGUCUGCCCCAAGUGUUCUUACACUGAUUCAGGAAAUAGCACAAGAAAUGAUCUGGUCAGAUGGAACACUGUUGACAGUGGCGAAGAAGACAGUCUAGAAAACAUUCUUUUGAAUAUCAGUAGCAAAAAGGACCCACCAUUGAGAAUUACUAUCAGACGAGAAACCAUCCUUGCUGAUAGUGUUCCAUUCUUCAAGAAAAGGGCGUUCGAUUACAGCAGUCAUGYCAUGGUUACCUUUGAGGGAGAACCAGCACUUGAUGGUGGUGGCCCAACUAAAGAAUACUUUACCCUUCUAGUUAAUUCAUUGUUAUCUCCAUUUGCCCCAAUAAAGCUGUUUGAAAGUGGAGGGACAUUUUCACUGCCAAUGCACAAUACARAUGCAGUACGAGCAAGCUUGUUUAAGGUGGCAGGUAGAAUGAUUUCCAUGAGCAUUCUUAAUGGAGGGCCAGGAUUUGCACAUCUACCACCAGUGAUUUAUGAGUACCUGUUAUCUCCAAAUGAUGAAAACACAAUUGCAGACAUUACCAAGGAUGAUGUUACAGACUAUGCAGUGAUUCACACUAUUGAGGAGCAAUAA